AUGGCAAGCAUCAAGAUUUAUGCUAUAGCAGCUUACGUUUGCGCGAUCAUUUUCAAUACAUGUAAAGCUGCAGGACAGGGACCUUUGCCGAAAUUUCCUGCCAUUCUCAUCUUCGGCGACUCAACAGUAGAUACAGGCAAUAACAAUUAUAUUAAUACACUUCUUAAGGCGAACUUUUUCCCAUAUGGUCAGAACUAUCCAGGUCAGAAAGCCACGGGGAGGUUCUCUGAUGGGGAAUUGGUUCCUGAUAUGUUAGCCUCUGCUCUGAAGAUCAAAGAGGCUGUUCCUCCAUUCCUGGAUCCGAAUUUGUCUGAUGCAGAAGUCAUUACCGGUGUAAGCUUUGCAUCAGCAGGAGCGGGAUACGAUUACCAAACAAAUACCCUUCUAAAUGUUAUCCCAGUUCCAAAGCAGAUUGAUAUGUUCAGGGAUUAUAUUGCAAGGCUAAAGGGUAUUGUAGGCGAAGAAAGGGCCAAACAGAUAAUUGGUGGUGCCCUUGUUCUGAUUAGUGCAGGAAGCAAUGAUAUCCUUACAAGGCCUUUCAACUUGCACUAUAGUUUCCAGGAUACUAUGCUGGAUAUCGUUCAAAAUUUUACUAAAGAGCUGCAUGAUCUUGGAUGCCGCUCCAUGGCUGUAGCUGGCCUUCCUCCAGUUGGCUACGCUCCCAUCGAGAAAACUAUUCAGCUGGCCACUGAACUUCUACUUCCUGUAGAUCUAAAAUGGGUGGAUAACAUAAAUUCAUAUGCUCAAUCUUAUAACCAAGAGCUUGUCAAGCUUUUGGCCCAAGCACAGGCAACUUUUUCAGGGAGCAAAAUCGUAUAUGCCGACUUAUAUGAGCCACUGGAUGACAUGGUCAAGAAUCCAAAACGAUAUGGAUUUCUGGAAACAAAGAUAGGAUGUUGUGGGACUGGACUUUUCGAACUGGGACCCUUGUGUGGACCAACGAUCCCAUCAUGUGGAAAAUCAUUAGCUCCCAAGUUCUUAUUUUGGGAUGCUGUUCAUCCCAGCACAUCAGCCUACCGGGUCAUUGCUAAGCAUAUAGAGGAGGUGGUUUUCCCCAAGUUCCUGUAAAACAACAUAUUGCUUUCAUCUGCACAAGAUCCU